UUUAUAACAUUUGAAUUCACUCACAAGCUCAUUUCUCUUUAUACCAAAGCUAUUCCUCAGAGCUUCUUUCAUAACUAUCCCAAGUAUAGAAAAAAUAGCAAUCUAAAUUCCUGCAAACUAGUCUAUGAUGAAAACCAUUUUUAAAGUAACUUAAGUGUUUACACGUCAUUAUUAGUAACUCCGCGUCAAAUUCCAAUGUGUAUUUGGAGUAGAAGUGAAGUGCAAAAUCAGAGCAAAUCGUGAAUUGUGAUUUAGGAUCUCCUCCCAUUUUCCCACCCAUCUGACUCAUUCAUUCCAUUUUCGCCUAGCUAGCCAGUAAGAAACAGAAAAAACAAUGAACUCAUUGUCAAUUCCUACCGCGUCUCUCGUCUUUACUCACCACACGCACCUCAUUAUAUACCCUUCAACCUUCAAAGUCUUCAAGUCUCACCCCCAACUUCACAGUUCACACGUCACACACUGAACCUAAAUUACAAAGGAUAGGGAUAUACACAUAACACACAUAACAAGAUUCUCAUUAUUUCAAGUUUCAACUUGGUUUUAUUUACUUACUCUCCUCAACCCAAUGCUAAGAAAAAUCUUCUUCUUCAAACCCUCACCUCCCAUAUCACCAUCUUCCUCUCUUCAAAGCAAGACCUUCUCCGAUUCAUUAAUGGAAGAAAACAUCGAAACCGCUCGCACCCUCAUAACCAAAUGGAACCCUUUUCCCGCUUCCAAUUGCGCCAAAACCACUCCCAUUCUUUUCACCAACACCCACCAUGAAGCCAAAGAGUUUCUUAAGGCAGUCAAGAGACUACAUUCCACUAUGAUGCACCUCAUCACACAGGAUUCCUCCUCUGAGAAGCUCGUCAAAGCCCAAUCCCUCAUGCAAUGCGCCAUGAAGAGGCUCGAGAUGGAGUUCUACAGAAUUUUGGCCCAAACCAGAGACGGUUUGGACCCUAAAUCACUCUCGGGCCAAUCCUCCAUAAUUAACGAGGAUUGGGUCGAGAGAGAUUCAGUAUCGACCGCGGCCAUUAUGGAUUUGAAAGCCAUUGCCGAAUGCAUGGUCUCCGCCGGCUACAGCAAAGAGUGCGUAAGGGUUUAUAUCAUGGUGAGAAAGCCGAUUGUGGAUGAGGCAAUGUACCUUCUUGGAGUGGAGAGGCUAAGCUUCUCUCAGUUUCAGAAGAUGGAAUGGGAGGUGAUCGAGUCGAGGAUCAAGUGCUGGCUGAGCGCCGUGAAACUCGCCUUCGGCACUCUGUUUCCCGGCGAGAGAAACCUCUGCGAUUACAUCUUCGGUUCGCCGGAGAGGAAGGUCGCAGAGUCCUGUUUGACCGAGACAUGCAGAGACGCCGCCGCGUGCCUGUUUGGAUUCGCGGAAAAUGUGGCGAAGUGCAAGAAAACUCCCGAGAAAAUGUUCAGGACACUGGACCUGUACGAAGCGAUCUCUGAGCACCGGCAACAAAUUGAGUCCAUCUUCUCCUCCGCGAUCAGGACGCAUGCCACCGCGGUACAGGCGAGGCUCGCGGAGGCUGUGAGGAAGAUGCUGUCAGAUUUCGAAUCAGCGAUUCAGAAGGAAUCCUCCAAGAUUCCGGUGCCAGGCGGAGGGAUCCACCCGCUGACACGCUACGCCAUGAACUACACCGCGUUCCUCGCCGAUUACAGCGACGCGCUCGCGGAGAUAGUCACCGAUUGGCCGCAGAGUCCGCUGCCGGAGUCCUAUUACGGUGACGAGAACAGUACUCCGCCGUCGGAGACGGCGGAAAUGCUCGCGUGGCUGAUACUGGUGAUUCUCUGCAAGCUUGACGGGAAAGCGAAGCUCUACAAGGAUACGGCACUCUCUUACCUGUUCCUCGCGAACAACAUGCAAUACGUCGUCGUAAAGGUUCGGAAAUCGAACCUAGGGUUUCUUCUCGGCGAGGAUUGGUUGACGAAGCACGAGGCGAAGGUGAAGGAGUACGCAUCCAAGUACGAGCGUGUAGGGUGGAGCAACGUUCUACAAUCGCUGCCGGAAAAUCCGACGGCGGAGGAGGCGGUGGCUAUUUUUCAGAGUUUCAACGCCGCAUUCGUUGAAGCUUGCGGAGCGCAGUCGUCGUGGGUGGUGCCCGACCCGAAACUCCGGCAGGAAAUCAAAGCGUCGAUAGGUUUGAAGGUGGUGGUCAGGUACCGGAAGUUCUACGAGAGGAACCGGGUCGGGUCGGAGUCAGUGAUAAGGUUUUCGCCCGAUGAUUUGGAGAAUUGUCUUUCAGUCUUUCUGAGAUUUUGUGUGGGUCGGAACAAUCGGGUUCCGGUAAUCGGUUCAAAGGCUCGUGAAGUUGGAUAGUGGCCCACUACUAGUUUUCUUUUUCAGUUGACCCAUUUUGUAUAGAAUUAUGUGUGCAGUUACUUACAAAACCAGAGUAUAGGCACAAAGUUCAUUUUGUUUCUCAAUUUAUGGGAUAUCCACCUUUUCUUUUUUUUAUUUUGAAAAUAAGGA